AGCAAAAUAAUACGAAACCGAAUUGCGACUGCUGAGACCUGUCGUGGAUGGAGGGGCCGCAAUCGUUGUGGGAGUCGGCGCUGCUGCGCUACUCGCCCAAGGAAAUUCUGUUCGUGUCAUUCGCUGGCAUAUUCGUGCUCACGCUUGUGUUUGCGUACGUUGUGAUCGAUCCAAAACUACCGAGCGGCACCCGCCCGUACCAAAACUUGUCUAUCCAAUACGCACAACCACGCCACGAAAACACCGCCUUCUGCAGCACUGACGACGACGAGCUCGUCAAGUGGUGCUCGUUGCGUGAUAUCGACAGGGAAAUCCACUUGUCUCAAAGCAAUAGCGACCACCAAACGUCACUUCGUCGGCGCACUAACCACCUCCUGAACCCGCCUGAAGCCUCGUCCCCGGUGUCCAUCGAGUCUACCGCUGAUAUUAUACAUGAGGCCAUCAAGUAUCGCUCCGCAGACUGCUCGAUGCACCUGAAACAAAUCGCAGAUCGGUUGGACACGGGCGAUGUGGAAGGCAUGAAGGCGCCCCUACAGGCCAUGCAGGACACUUUGGCCUACUUCAAAGCUCCUUCCACGCGGGACAUCAACCAAGUAAGCGUGUUUUGCAAAGCGCUGGUGAAACACGAUGGUCUGGACUUGCUUCAGAAGUUAGUGCAAACCUGUGCGGACGCUGACAUUCAAUCGAUUGCCCAGGCCAUCAUUGAAGACGCAGUUCCGUCCAUUUGGAGUUAACCGAGCCGACUGUCGCAGGAUAACUCAAUGUUCAUAUAUUCGUACACCUACUACAGUACCACGUCGUAGUACUACUGAAGUAAUACAGUACUAAGCUUACUA